CGUGCAGCCACGAGCCAGCAGAGACUAGAGAGAGAGAGAGAGAGAGCUUUGAAUUCAUUUUUCAUUUUCUUUCAUUUUUGUUCUCUCUCGCACAGAAAGAGGAGCUUCAAUGGCGAGCAGAUACUGGGUGAUCUCUCUUACCGUCCAGGGAUCCGCAUCUUCCCUAUGGAAUCGCCUCCAAGAACAAAUCUCCAAGCACUCUUUCGACACUCCUCUCUACAGAUUCAAUAUACCUAAUAUACGCGUCGGAACGCUCGAUUCUCUCCUCUCCCUCAGCGAUGAUCUCUUGAAGUCAAACAGCUUUGUGGAAGGAGUAUCUCACAAGAUCAGAAGGCAGAUUGAGGAAUUGGAGAGGGUUUCGGGCGUAGAGAGCAGCUCUCUGACGGUCGACGGAGUACCGGUUGAUUCAUAUCUCACUAGGUUUGUCUGGGAUGAAGCCAAGUAUCCGACCAUGUCUCCUUUGAGGGAGAUUGUGGAUGGAAUUCACAGCCAAGUGGCAAAAAUUGAGGAUGAUCUUAAGGUUCGCAUAGCUGAGUACAACAAUGUGCGCAGUCAACUUAAUGCUAUCAACCGAAAGCAAGCUGGAAGCUUAGCGGUCCGUGAUCUUUCCAAUCUAGUUAAACCAGAGGAUAUCAUUACCUCAGAGCAUCUGGUGACGUUGCUUGCCGUUGUUCCCAAGUACUCUCAGAAGGAUUGGCUAUCAAGCUAUGAGACGUUGACUAGCUAUGUGGUUCCCAGGUCCACCAAGAUGUUGUAUGAAGAUAAUGAGUAUGCUCUCUACACCGUGACACUUUUCAAUCGCGUGGCAGACAAUUUUAGAACAAGUGCACGUGAGAAGGGGUUCCAAAUUCGUGAUUUUGAAUAUAGUUCAGAAGCACAAGAAACUCGAAAGCAGGAGUUAGAAAAAUUGAUGCACGACCAAGAAAGUUUGAGAAGCUCUCUUUUACAGUGGUGCUAUACCAGUUAUGGCGAGGUUUUUAGCUCCUGGAUGCACUUUUGUGCUGUACGUGUCUUUGCAGAGAGCGUUCUGAGAUAUGGUUUGCCACCAUCUUUCUUGUCAUGCGUUUUAGCUCCAUCUGUGAAAAGAGAGAAGAAAGUACGCUCAAUCCUUGAAGGAUUGUGUGACAAUGCAAACAGCACAUUCUGGAAAACAGAUGAUGAGGCAGGCGGAGGAAUAGUUGGUUUAACAGGUGAAGCUGAUGCCCAUCCGUAUGUUUCCUUCACAAUUAAUCUUGUUUAAUCGGAGCUCGGUUACAGUUUUAUUGUCCAUUUUGAUAUUAAAAAAAAAAAAAAAUCUGGACCUGCGGAUUCCUCUUAAGAAUAAAUGUGGGCGGGAUUAACAAUACUGUAUAUUAGCAGCAUUAAUGACCAUAUUCUUUGGUGGUUUAUUUAUAAAUUUCAGCUUGGGGAUUUAUGAGGGUUUAAUCCAAUAUGAGAGAUGAAAUUUGUGUGAAUCUAUGUUGUCGCUGACUCUACCAGCGACAUUUACAUAAGGUUAAGAGCUAAAAUUAUCGCUGUUCCUUUUUUUCUCUGUUUAUGUAUGGAUUUUCAAGACAUUGGAUUUGUUCAAAUUAAGAUUCUGGUCGUGCCUA